GACGCGGUCCGGUCUGCGGUGGAGCAUGCACUUAAGCAGGAGAAAGCUGGGGACCGGUUUAGGAGGCUCUUGCCGACUGGGAAUCCCACCUUUUCGUUUUCGGACUCAACGCCUUCCAGCCGCUCCGGGGUCCCCGCGCGCCGAGCCGAGCUCUCCGUCUGCGCCCGGAGGUCGCCGUCCGCGCAGCGCCAUGGGCACCCAGCAGAUCGUCCUUCAGGGCCCGGGACCCUGGGGCUUCCGCCUGGUGGGCGGCAAAGACUUCGAGCAGCCUCUCGCCAUUUCUCGGGUCACUCCUGGAAGCAAAGCUGCCACCGCUAAUUUAUGUAUCGGAGAUGUAAUCACAGCAAUCGAUGGAGAAAACACCAGCAACAUGACGCACUUGGAAGCUCAGAACAAAAUCAAGGGCUGCGUGGACAACAUGACUCUCACAGUAACCAGAUCUGAACAUAAAAUCUGGUCUCCUCUAGUGACCGAGGAGGGGAAGCGCCACCCGUACAAGAUGAAUUUAGCCUCUGAACCCCAAGAGGUCCAGCAUAUAGGAAGCGCCCACAACCGAAGCGCCAUGCCCUUUACUGCCUCCCCUGCCUCCAGCGCUGCCCCCAGAGUCAUCAAGAACCAGUACAACAACCCCGCUGGCCUCUACUCACCUGAAAACAUCUCUAGCUUCAACAGUGCCGUGGAGUCAAAGACUGCAGCCAGUGGGGAAGAGGCGAAUGGCAGGCCGUUUAAUCUAAUGACUUCAGAACAUGCAAGCUACACUAGUGCGUUUCUGUACUUUGUAACAUGUAUUUUUCUCAUUUCAGGGGAUCCCAACAAGCCCUCGGGAUUCAGAAGUGUUAAAGCUCCAGUUACCAAGGUGGCAGCAUCUGUUGGAAAUGCUCAGAAGCUGCCCAUGUGUGACAAAUGUGGCACUGGCAUUGUUGGCGUGUUUGUGAAGCUCCGCGACCGUCACCGCCACCCUGAGUGCUACGUGUGCACCGACUGUGGCACCAACUUGAAGCAGAAGGGCCAUUUCUUCGUAGAGGAUCAGAUCUACUGUGAAAAGCAUGCCCGGGAGCGGGUGACGCCACCUGAGGGCUACGAUGUGGUCACCGUGUUCCCCAAGUGAUCCAGCCGCUCUGCCCUGACAGCUCUUCUCCAGCCAGCCUCUGCCACACGCCCGCUGUCCGAGGGGUGCAGGCCCCUCCUCUCCCAGUGUCCCAUGCUUGUCUUGAUUUAGCCCUGCACAUUAAAUGUUGAGUCCCCUCAGGAGCUAACUGACUCACACUGGCUGUGUGAGGCCUGCUUUAGUUAUUGGAAAAUGUUUUUUUUCCUCUGUCCCCUUCCCAGCAACAUAGUACCUUCUUUACCUCAGUUCUUAUGUGUUGCAAAUGGACCUCAGUGACAUUUGAACCAGCCCAAAUGGAGUGUAUCUGAUACUGAUUUUGUUUUGCUCAAUAAAUUUACAGAUUGUAAAGCA